UGUCCCUCGGACAUAGCGGAUCACGGAAAGAGCCGAAGAUGUCGGCUUGGUCAUGUGAUCAGCUGUGUCCAAUCACAGCUGAUCACAUGUAAACACUGAACAUCAGGGCACUGAUAAUCAGUGUGCCCUGAUGAUCAGUGUGGCCCCAGAAGUGCCACCUGUCAGUGUCCAUCAGUGCCAGCAGUCAGUACUCAGUGCCACGUGUCAGUGCCCAUCAAUGCCACAUCAAUGCCACAUAUCAGUGCCCAUCUGAGCUGCCUUUCAAUGUCACCCAUCAGUGCCAGUCAGUGCCACCUAUCAAUGCCAAUCAGUGCCACCUAUCAGUGCUGCCAAUCAGUGCCACCCAUCAGUGCCAGUCAGUGUCGACUAUCAGUGCGCAUCAGU